UGAAAGAUCAAAAGUGGAGUCGAGCAAGGCGCGCCCUUGAGCGUUUUUGGAAGUUCGGCGACGGCCCCGCAGUCCUUCGGCAAAGGCAGCCAAUGGUAGGUCGUUGAUUAAAGAAUUUCUAUAGAAACGAUGACUCCAACUUUCAGAGGGCACUCUAUAAGAACUGGAAGUGCCUUGUUCCAGGUCCAAGUUUCAGCUUCUCCUGUAAGCAGUUUUCGACACCCCACCUCCAACAUGUAUCUCCGCGCUGUUCACGCAGAAGCCCAAAUCCAAAUCCUCCAACAACUCAUCCGCGACAACCCACUUGGAAUUCUAACCACGGCAAUCAAAUCACCUCAGUACCCGCUCAUCCAAUCUAGCCAUAUUCCAUUUGUGCUAGAUGUUCCCGAAACGCCCGAUGGCGGCCUCUCAAAUGGAGUUCUACGCGGCCACAUGGCCAAGCAGAAUCCACAGGCAAAAGCACUUAUGGAAGCCUUAGCCGCGCAGCAAGAGCAAGGCAAGGCGGGGCUUGAGCUAUCAGACGAGGUCCUGAUCCUCUUCAACGGGCCGCAUCACCACUAUGUGACGCCAAAGUUCUACACCGAGACCAAGCCCGCCACGGGGAAGGUCGUUCCUACAUGGAAUUAUGCUGCUGCGCAGGCGUACGGAAAGAUCCGGGUAUACUGCGAUUCAAAGUCUGAGGAGACGUCAACAUUUCUGCAGACACAGAUUGAGGAGUUAUCGAGGCAGUCUGAGACGAAGAUUAUGGGUUCUUCCUCGCCCUGGGAAGUUUCAGAUGCGCCGGUCAACUAUGUUGAUCUCCUGAAGAAGAACAUCAUCGGGAUUGAGAUCACUAUCGAUCGCUUGCAGGGAAAGUUCAAGAUGAGUCAGGAAAUGGGCCAGGGUGAUCGUCAGGGUGUUAUUGAGGGUUUCCAGAAACUGGGUACGGAUGUUGGCAAGGGUAUAGCCGAUAUGGUGAAGGAGAGGGGAGAGUUAAAAGACAACAAAUCAUAAUGUUUUGAAGUGAUAAGCGACAUUAUACCAUCCAACAAGGCAGUGCAUUGCGACACACUAUCUUUGAUCUUUCUUAAGAUAUCAAGCAUGAAUGUAUGCUUGUUCUCAUGGCUCCCUUGUUGUUGCUAAGCCAACAUACAAGCAUCUUUGAAAGACAAAUGUAUUCAUGCCAAAACACAAAACAGGCAAAUGAGGAGUCAUCAGUAGCUCCCCGAGGUUCGGAUGUUUAUACUUACUCUACAGAUAGAUUCAGCACAACGCUUCCGACAUCAUGUCUUCAAAAACCAGCAAGGUACUAUCGAGCCCUCAAUGC